AUGCCGUUCUCGCGCGGCGGAAAUGUUCGCUGCGCGCUUGGGGGGGUUGGCCUUGGAGCAGAGGCCCGAGUGGGGGGCCUCGUGGCUCCGGGCAGAUUGGCAGCUGCGGCCUUCACCCAGCCCCCGUCCAUCACGUGGCAAUCGCGCGAGGACUACAUCGUCGACCCACGUGACAACAUGGUGCUGCAGUGUGAAGCACGCGGCAACCCAGCGCCCACCUUCUGGUGGAGCAAGGACGGGGGCAGCUUUGACCCCGACAGUGACCCCCACGUGCGGCGCCGUGGGGAUGGCUCGGGGACCUUCACCGUCGACUUGGCGGCGGUGGCGGCGGCGGCGCGCUACCAGGGGGUCUACCGCUGCUGGGCGGGGAACCGGGCGGGCACGGCGCUCAGCAACGACAUCACCGUGAGGCUGGCGCGUGCCCCGCGGUGGCCGCGUGAGCAGCUGGCGCCCGUCAUGGCCGCCGUGGGCUCCCCGGCCGUUCUGCACUGCCGCCCUCCUCCCCACGGCUUCCCUCCUCCCACCGUCUUCUGGCUGGACAGCUCCGUGGAGAAAGUGCCGCUGGAUGGGCGAGUGACGCAGGGUCCGGAGGGUGACCUGCAUUUCGCCAAUGUGCUCCCCGGCGACGAGGGUGACUACGUGUGCCACGCUCGCUACCCGCACACGGGCACCAUCCGCUACAAGCAGCCGCUACGGCUGGUCGUCACACGCAAGCGUCCGUCAAAAAGCCGGCCGGUGUUCGUGGAGCCCGCGGGGGAGUCGAGCAGCAAGGUGGUGCUCACCGGGGAGACGCUGCUGUUGACGUGCAUCACACGAGGCCUCCCCACGCCGGAGGUGAGCUGGAGCAAGUGGGGUGGGAUGUUGUUGUCGUCGGAUGAGGAAGCCGCCCCCCUCGCCGCACCCCCCGGCACGGCUCCGGCACGAGGCCGGCACGACCCCGGCACGACGCUGGCCAUCCGCAACGCGACGCUGUCACACGGCGGCAGCUACCAGUGCCGCGCCGUCAACAGCGAGGGCGUGGCGCUGCACACCGUCACGGUCACCGUGGAAGCGAAGCCGCACUGGUUCGCUCCGCUGCCAGAGAGCCGCAGCUACGCGCCGGGGGACAGCGCCAAGCUCACGUGCUUCGCAAGCGGAAUCCCCGCACCGACCAUCCGCUGGUUCCUCAACGGUGUGCCCAUCGACGAAGCCCCCGCGGUGCCGGACCGGCGGGUGGACCGCAACUUCCUGACGCUGACCCGGCUGCGGGAGGAAGACACCGGCGUGUACCAGUGCCAGGCCUCCAACCGUCACGGCACCAUCCUGGCCAACGCCUACGUCAACGUUCUGGCCGUGGCCCCACGGAUGCUGUCGAAGCCGGACAGGCUGUACACGGCCACAGAGGGACAGGCCGCGUACUUAGAAUGUGCCGUGUUUGGGUUGCCACGUCCCAACAUCCUGUGGUUCCAGGGCGACCACGGCGCAUCCCUGGCGAGCGAGCGCCACCAAACCUUCGCCAACGGCACGCUGCUCAUCUCGGACCUGUCGCCUGCCGACUCCGACACGUACACCUGCUACGCAGUCAACAAGCUGCACCACCAGCAGCUCCAGGCACGCCUCUACGUCGAAGUCGCCAGCAGCAGCUCGGAGCCGGGAGCGGUGUCACGCGGUGACCCGGCACGGCCCAGCGCCACACCACGCACGCCGCAGGGCGGGGACACAGGCCUCUGGGACUACAUCACCACCACCGCCGCAACCGACGCCACGACCGCCGAUAGCACCACCACCACCACAACCACUCGGCAGUGCUUCUACGGCGUGAGCACAGCGUCGGCAUGCACGCCGCCAGGCAGCGGUGGAGGUGCCAGCGCUGACGACGCCCGCUCCUCGUCAGAAGAAGAGGCGGUCGCCACGACGACUCAGAGCCCCUUCGUCAGCCCCACGGUGGGCGUCGUGGUGGUGGCGGCGGCAAUGCUCCCGCUGGUGACGCUUGCAGUGGUCGCCGCGUGCCUGUGA